AUGGCUACAUCCCCUUUGCCUGCCGAAGACUUCAAGGCAUUCGCCGAACAUCAGAAAAAGCUGCUAUUAGAGGAGACCGAGCAAUUCUUCAGUAGACACAAUCUGCAGUUGAAAAAAUAUGUUCUCCCCGUACCCCUGCCUUCUUGGGCUAAAUCACUCGACCAGGUCCUCGACACUGGCGUUGAGCAUGAGCCAUACACGACCAUCUACCGCCACCAACAUUUCCUGAAGGCGCGCGUUUUGCGCAAUUGGUCGUAUAUAGAAACGAUAUGGAACGUCUCUGGGAACCCAAGAAAUAAAAACAUCCCAUUUGACCUUCGGCCACUCACGCGAGAGAUUAUCAAUCAACUCGACGCUACAAACACUGAUAUUGUAGACCCAGAGUUCUCGGGGCUAUUGGUCACGCUGAAUACUCAGCCCUUCAUUUCGAACGUGUCUAAAGACCUUCCAAAUGGAACCAUCGGCACGCAACAUCACAACAAAUCAAACCAAAAUGACCAAGCAUCAAAGGAUGGCAAAAACGGCGGUUCUUCAAAGAAUUUGCCGGCACAAGUCGGCAGUGCAGAUUAUAAGGCAAGUGGUAAUCCUGAUGGCCCUCACGCGAAAAGUAAGAUUAUCGCUGGAGCCAUUGUGGAAUGCCUUAUGACGAACGAACGUUGCAUCCGCUGUAUAUGGCUACACCCUCACCUAUCUAAACAUAGCUCAAGGGUGCUUUUGCAGGCAUUCCUUCCCAGACUUAUGCUGGAAAUGUUCAACGUCCCCUCCGUGAUGACGGAGAAUGGGCCGUCCACGUAUCACAAGUUCGCUUAUGCCAUGCACAACGAUCUCGACAUGUUCCCGAGACAAUGUUGGCUGCUACUGGCAAGUAUCAAGAAGAUGUCGCUCCCGCGCCACUAUGAACCGUCAACGUUCGAUGAACACCCGGUAGAGUUGGAGUACGGGGAGUGUCACAUGGACGAGGCCGGGCACUUACUGCUGCCAGAAUUCUCAGGUAUUGUAGACGAUGGUGUGCUGACGUCUGUGGGAUCCGAAAACUCUGUACGUAGCGUGGCGUGCAACUGCUACAACGAGAAGAUGAAAAAGAGUGUGGACGCACAGGCCUGGCUAGACCGCUUAGUCGGAUGCACGGAGAGUUACAUGUGCAUACUACUACCGAAGAGAUGCGAGCGCGAGGCUUUGGGGCUAAGCCAACGCGACGGAUGGCGCGAUCUAAUUCUUGACGGGCUGGAUCGUUCCCUACUCGAGGAGUUGUUGGAACUCCUACCGGUUGAUUCCCGGGACAGGUUUUCACACCUGUAUGACCCCGAGGUUGCAACAGUCAAUGUGCGAUGCAACGCCAACCUCAACAGUGAUUUAGAGGAGUGGUGCAAGUUGCGUAGCGAGGAUUUGAUAGACGUAACCAGUGACACGGAAAUGUACAUGAACGUAGGCGUUGGUGAAGAUGAUUAUAAUGUAAAUCCCAACGGCAAGCGUUCGCGAUCCCGCGUGUAG